AUAAGUUAUCGGCAGAUAACUUACCAGUAUAAGUAUGCAAACAAUUUUAAUUUUACUUUACGAAUCACUAUCUGCUCCGUUCGAUUCAAGAUGAUCGACAAGAGCCGGUAUUGUCUCCUGACACUCCUGUUCUCAGGAUGUGUUUCCUCCUUGGCCCUGGGAAAGGAUAAAGGAAUUGGAAAAGAAGAUCCGUUCCAUUCUUCGGACUUCCCCGAUGGCUUCAUGUUCGGGUGUGCCACCGCAGCCUACCAGAUUGAAGGAGCUUGGAACGAAGAUGGUAAAGGAGAAAAUAUUUGGGACAGAGCCAUCCACACCAUUCCGAAUUAUAUAGAUAGCAAUUCGACUGCUGACGUUGCCUGUGACAGCUACCACAAGUAUAAGGAAGACAUCAAACUUCUGAAAGAUACAGGAUUCAACACCUACCGGAUUUCUCUAUCUUGGUCUAGAAUAUUGCCACGUGGAACAACUGAUGUUAUUAACGUAGCAGGUGUGGCAUAUUACCAAAACGUCCUUAAGGAACUCGCUAAAAAUGGAAUCGAACCUUUGGUUACCUUGUACCAUUGGGACUUACCCCAGCCCCUUCAAGACAUUGGAGGCUGGAUGAAUGAAACUAUAGUUGAUCACUUUCAGAACUAUGCCAGAGUGGUUUUUGAAACUCUAGGAAGUCAGGUGAAGUGGUGGAUAACAAUCAACGAACCAUCACAAGUGGUAAGUGGAUAUUCAUCGACUACUUUCCCACCAAACGCAGGACUGCAUGGUGUUGGUGAUUACAUAGCCACGCAUAACAUAUUGAAAUCCCACGCUAAAGUUUACAGGAUGUAUGAUAAGGAAUUUAGGCCGACACAAAAAGGAAAAAUUAGCUUCUCCUUUGAUGGUCCAUUCGUGAAACCUAAGACAGACUCAGAAGAAGACGCAAGGGCUGCUGAGCAAGCGAUGCAGUUUAGGUUUGGAUGGUUUGCACAUGCUGUAUACAGCAGCACAGGAGAUUACCCUCCUGUUAUGAGGGAAGUAAUUGAUCGAAACAGUCUUCAAGAAGGAAGAACCAAAUCCAGAUUGCCUUCCUUCACUCCAGAAGAGAUUGAGGAAAUUAAAGGUACCUACGACUUCCUCGGUUACAACCAUUACUCCACGGCCUUGGCGACCUUUGGAGCCACCGGGAAGAGCCCUUCCAUCGAUCGAGACUCCAAUAUAUUAUUUUCAGUUGACCCCAACUGGCCUUCAUCAUCUUGUGAUUGGCUAAAGGUAAAUCCUGAAGGUUUGAGAGGUGUCGUCAACUGGAUCAGGAAAGAGUACGGAGACAGGAUACCCAUCAUAAUCACAGAGGGUGGCUACUGUGACGAUGGUAGGAUCGAUGACUACGAAAGGAUCGCCUACUACGAUGGCUACUUGAAGGAAUUAUUGAAGGCGAUCAGAGAGGACGGAGCGAACGUCCUUGGCUACAUGGCCUGGAGCAUUAUAGACAACUUCGAAUGGGGUUCCGGAUACAGCAAAAGAUUUGGUAUUCACCAAAUAGACUUUAACGACCCACAACGUCCCAGAAGAAAGAAGAAAUCGGCUGAAUAUUGGCAACAAUUUUUACAUCCAAAAGCUUAAAGUGAAAGCAAGCUAAAUUCCGUUUUAAGUUUUUCUUUUUCUACUGAAAUUGAAAAAAAGUGUUGAUUUUUUUAUUAUGAUCAUUUUCUCAUAUCGUUUUUGACAUAUGUAAUAUCUUAAUUUUUUUUUUAAACUUAUUUAUUGAAAAAUAUUACAAUCUGUCUCAAGGACAGUAUAUUUUAAAUUAUGACGAUAAAUUACCUCAAAUAUUUACUCAAAUUACCUAUUGUUCAUCGAAAUGUCAACUGAAAUGUUUUUUGUAUUUUCUGCAUCAAUAAAUUAUAAUCCUUUUGUAUUCACA